AUGUUAUCAAGACUUAGCGUUAAAUCAGUUUUUGCUACUAGAACUUUAUCAAGAGCUUUUUGCACCCGUUUCAGUCGUGAUCACGAAUGGUGCACUGUUUCAGAAAACAACAUUGCUACCUUUGGUAUCACUAAACAUGCUCAAGAAGAAUUAGGUGAAAUUGUUUUUGUUGAUUUCCAAACUAAAGUUGGUGAAAGUGUUGAAGCUAAAACUUCAGCUGCUUCAGUUGAAUCAGUUAAAGCUGUUUCAGAUGUUUAUGCUCCAAUCAGUGGUAAAUUAGUCGAAUUCAACAAUGAACUCGAAUCAAACUUAGAUCUCAUCAAUGAAGAACCACAAGCUAAUGGUUGGUUAUUCAAACUCCAAUUAGAAAACAAAAACGAAUUCAAUCAAUUAAUGAACCAAACUGAAUACGAAAAAUUCUGUCAAGAAGAACAUCAUUAA